UGUCAUAUGUAUCUGUCUCUUGCAAGACACUUGCCCUCUAAAAGGACAUCAGGGGACUAAGGAUCUUCAGCACAUUUUUCUGAAACUCAUGUUUCCUCCGUUUUACAACAGCUACAACAAGUCUUGCUGUAAAAUGUAUCCUGGAAGAUGUUACAAACUGCUGGACAGUUCAGGGUACACCUGUGAUUCACUCAGGGGAAGAGUCACCACAACAGAGAAAAAUGGCUGGAUUGAGUUUGAGAUAUCAAAUGUGCAGGUUGAUGAUGCAGGUUAUUACAGAUGUGGCGUUCUGGGUACCCAGACCCAAAUAUAUGCAGACUACUAUGUGGAGGUAUUUGCUUCUGAUCACAACGGCCAGUCUCAGCCUCCGUUGACAACCACAGCAACAGUCAGAGCCCCAAACAGCUCCACAACAGUCCUGGACUUGACUGAACCUGUUCUAGUACAGGACCACGGUGACAAUGACAGAGCUUCCUGGAAUUUUGGUGUGCCGCUCUUUGUUGCUGUCUCCAUCACAGCCAUGAUUUCUGUUGCUUCUGUGCUUGGUGCUGUUUGCUGCAAAGUCAAAGCAAAGCGUAAAAAGUCAAAGAUAUUUGGAGAAACUCUGUGUGAGUCAUGGAAACAAGAAGCCCUGGAAACAAGUGGCAUUAUCUAUGCAACAGUGGACUUUAAACCUCACCAGAAACCUGAGGAGGUGUAUGCAAACCUGGGAGACAACAAAAACGGAGCAGGCAUUCCCAAUGCGGACAAUGCUGGGAUGGUGGAGUACUCCAUGUUGGCAAUCCAGCUGUAAUUUCAGAUUGACUCGCAUGUACUGAGCAUUUUGAGAGUAUUUAUAACCCUUGAACAUAUGUAUUUUCUCAAGUUACUACCAAAACCUUCCAAAUAUUUCAUUGGGAUUCUAUGUGAUAGAUAAAUAAAAGGUAGUGCAUAA